AUGUCUGGGUCCCGGAAGCCCAAGACGUUCAAGCUGCGGGCCUUGCACAGCCAGCAGAAGUUUGGGAUCGCGGGGAGGAGCUGCCAGGAGGUGCUGCGGAAGGGGUGCCAACACUUCCAGGUGCCGGUGCCCGGCUCCCGCCUGUGCCUCUGGGAGGAUGGCACGGAGCUGACUGCAGACUCCUUCUGGAGCGUCCCGGACAACGCGGAGCUUGUGCUGCUCACCGAGGGCCAGGCCUGGCAGGGCUACGUGAGUGACAUCAGCCGCUUCCUCAGCGUGUUCCACAGGCCGCACGUGGGGGUCAUCCAGGCCGCCCGGCAGCUGCUGGCCGACGAGCAGGCGCCGCUGCGGCAGAAGCUGCUGGCCGACCUCCUGCACACGGUCAGCGAGAACAUCGCGGCCGAGACCAGGGCCGAGGACCCGCCCUGGUUCGAAGGUCUGGAGUCACGAUUUAGGAACAAGUCGGCCUACCUGAGGUUCAGCUGUGCGAGCAGGAUCCGGACCUACCUGAGAGAGGUGAGCUCGCACGCGUCCGCGGUGGGCGCGCAGGCUCGGGAGGAGUACGUGCGGGCCGUGGACGCCAUGGCCCAGAAGCUCAGGGCCGCGCAGUACAACGGCAGCUACUUCGACAGGAGCACCAAGGCCGGCGGCCGGCUCUGCACGCCCGAAGGCUGGUUCUCCUGCCAGGGUCCUUUCGACAUGGCCAACUGCGCGUCCAGACACUCCAUCAAUCCCUACGGGAGCCGGGAGAGCCGGGUGCUCUUCAGCACGUGGAACCUGGACCACAUAAUAGAGAAGAAGCGCACGGUGAUCCCCGCGCUGGCGGAGGCGGUGGGCGAGCCGGCCGGGCGGCAGGUGGACUGGGAGUACUUCUACAGCCUGCUCUUCACCCGCGACAACCUCAAGCUGGUGCACGUGGCCUGCCACAAGAAGACCACCCACAGGCUCAGCUGCGACCCGCGCAGGAUCUACAGGCCCCAGGCCACGCUCACGAGGAGGAAGGCUGUGCGCAAGCGCCCGUGA